UUUCAACUGUCAUUGUGUUAAAUAUAUUUGCCUGUUGUAAAUAUUUAUACCUACUUAAAAUGACAUAAUCUUUUAAAAUGUUAACAUUCAAUACGUAGGUUUAUUAUUAUUUAACGAUUAUAAAUAACAUGAGAAAAUCUAUCGCAACUGUUUUAAAUUCCACCUAUAUAAUCCCGCAGGCGCCGGAACGAUAUGUAUAUUAUAGUAUUUAUGCAGAAGAAAUGCGGCAGUGCCUAGACACCCUCGAGAUGGCUUGCAAGAUAAUUUUGUUGGUGCUGGUCGCGUGUUGUUGUGCGCACGCCGAUUAUAGGAGCGAUGGAGGAUUUCUCCCUAGCCCCACUUAUCAACGAACUGAAGACCAGUUGGCAGAGCCUGCAGCAAGGAUAGAGAGGAGUAGGGAUGAGAGAGAUAAUCAAGCUGAUAAGUCGCAGAGAUUCGGAAUAUCUACUUAUGGAGCUACGGGUCCCUACGGUGCUACAGCUCCUGGGAUUUAUGGGCCAUUAAAAAUAGACCUCGGUGGUGUUCUGCUGGGUUCGAUCCUCGGGUUUGGUGCUGUGGUUGUUUUGCCCAAAAUAAUCCACGCUUUCUCGUUCGGCUACGGUGGUUAUGGUCGCAGUGCAGAAACAGAGCUUGGUUCCAUAUCGGAUCUUUUAGGGCAAUUCGACGAAACCCUCAGUCGCUAUAACGUAGACUCCGCGUCUUGCAUGCAGCGCCUUGCUUGCUCUUACGUGCAGCUUGCCAACGAGAAUAUGGCCAUAGGCAAUGCUACCGAUUUUGAUGUCAUGCUAUCGUCGGUAGCUAGAAACUCCCUCGUGCGUCGUUUAUUUGACGGCACGUCUGUCUACGAAGCGAUAUCCGCUGGUCGAUCUUUGGACACAGACUGCGAGCAGCGCUACUCAAAAUGCAAACUCGACAGAACCACCGUUGUCAAGAUAAUAACGCAAAUUGUACCAUCGUAGUUCUUAAUUAUGUAGUCUGUGGAACUUGUUAUUUUUUGUCUGUGGCAUUUUUCAUUUUAACAGAGAUACUACGAAAUAGUGAUAUAGAAGCGUUUAAUUUGUAAAGAUAUUACUACCCUAGUUAAAAAUCAUAAGUGUGUUCAAACACUUACUGGAAAACGACAAUAUAAAGAUUUGUAUCUCAAGAAGUAAACAAAUAAAAAAAAUUAAAUUGAUUUAUUUAUCAAUUGUGUGGUGCUAAAAUAAUUAUCGCGGC